AAUCUCCACUUUUCUUUAAUAUUCUUCCUUUCCUAGGACAGACUCCUCUAAACGUGGCAGCGUCCGAGAUCAGGAUUACAUCACCAGCAUCACAAGUCAUCAGCAUCAUCAGCAUCAGCAAGGAUACGUAAACAGUACAGCACACCAGAGAGGUACAGUGACGGAUUCAGGCGGCCAUCAACAUCAUCAUCAGCAUCAGCAGCAAGGCAUGGCAGGGUCAGAAGUGGGCAUGGAAGACCUAGAGCCAUUGGAGCCAAGCCUCAAGAAUAUAGUGGAACAGACAUCGCUGAAAUGGGUCUUUGUGGGCGGCAAGGGAGGUGUGGGCAAGACUACCACCAGCUGCAGCCUGGCCGUGCAGCUGUCCCAGACCCGUGAGUCAGUUCUCAUCAUCUCCACUGACCCAGCUCACAACAUCUCGGACGCGUUUGACCAGAAGUUCUCGAAAGUCCCAACCAAAGUGAAGGGAUUCGAUAACCUGUUUGCCAUGGAGAUUGACCCGAACAUAGGAUACGGCGACCUGCCUGACGAGUAUUUUGAAGGGGCCACGGAUGCCAUGCGCAUGGGCCGGGACAUCAUGCAGGAGGUGCUGGGGGCGUUCCCAGGCAUCGACGAGGCCAUGAGCUACGCCGAGGUCAUGAAGCUGGUGCAAGGAAUGAACUUCAGUGUGGUGGUGUUCGACACAGCACCCACCGGCCACACCCUGCGCCUGCUGUCCUUCCCUCAGGUCAUUGAGAAGUCCCUGGGAAAGCUUUUACGUCUUAAGAGUCACAUCUCGCCCUUCAUUAACCAGGUGGCAGGUCUCCUGGGGAUGCAGGAGUUCAAUGCAGAUGAGGUGUCAGGCAAGCUGGAGGGAAUCUUGCCAGUCAUACAGAAAGUCAAUGAGCAGUUCAAAAACCCAGACCAGACAACCUUCGUGUGUGUGUGCAUUGCCGAGUUUCUGUCGCUGUAUGAGACAGAGCGGCUGGUGCAGGAGCUGACACGUUACGGCAUCGACACACACAACAUCGUAGUGAACCAGCUGCUGCUCGGUACCUCAGCAGGCAGCAAAGACUGUCCCACCUGCUCUGCCCGCCGCCGAAUCCAGGCCAAGUAUCUAGACCAGAUUGCUGACCUAUACGAGGACUUCCACAUAGUACAACUGCCCCUGCUGGAACAUGAGGUGAGGGGCGUGGACCAGGUUAAAGAGUUUUCCAUCAACCUGGUGAAGCCGUGCGAACCCUGAGGCUCCACCACCACUACCACCACCACCGUCACCACCACCACCACUGCUACUACCUUCACCUUCGCCGAUAAUGACAUUGCUGGUUAGGUUCGCCGUCACCACCGCCAUCGCAAACAUUGACGACAAUACCAUCACUGCUGUCACCACCACCACUGCUACUAUUACCAGAAGCAUCACUGUCACCAAUGACUGUUGUUGCUGGUUCUGUUCACCAUUACCAGCAGUGGUAAUAGCAACAACCGUCACUACCACCAUAAUACAGAGUUAUUUUUCAUUUUCUUUUCUUUCUUUUUGUAAGGUAAAUCUUCACAGUAACAUUAUUCUUUAAAAAAAACAUCAUUAUAAUCCAGGUAAUUAUGUCAGUGGUUUUGAAGAUACAUAAAGAGCAAACUGUUUCAAAAUACAUACCAACUUGAAAAAAAAACAACCAUGAUUUUGUAACUGUAACUUCACAAUAACAUAAUUAAAAAAAGAAAAAAAACAUCAUUAUAAUCAACAUAAUCAUUUUUCAUCAUCUUUGUGGCCUUUCAAAAGACACUGAGACCAAACCAUCACUAAACAACCUGCCGUAACGCAAACAAGAGUGACCCUUUAACUGUUACCCUUCAUAACAUCACCAUUACAUUUCCCCAUAGUAGCAACCCUUACAAGCUUCCCACUGAACAGACACAGUCCACCACCUUUACUACAGGCAGUGUGGAGGCAGCAACAGACGAGCCUUUGUUAACAGUGGAUGUGGCAACGUAUCCUGUUGAUCGAGCCUGGGACUGCCCAAUUUUGUUUUGUAUCAGCGUAUUCUGAGGGGUCCUGAGGCGUACACAAGGUCAGGGAUGAGGGCGAGAGGCACUGUUCUGUCACCCUGAAGUACAGUCGUGGUCAGAAGUGCGUUAACGUACCAGUUUUUCUAUUAGCUUAGCGUCUUCCUUUUGUCUUAAGUCCCCAGAGCUGUCUAACCAAACACCAGGUAGCCGACUGAUUGCUUUCAUUGAGCUUUGUGUUGCCUGAUAUGCUGGUACUGAGAGGAACAGGAGACAUGACAAAGACACCAGUGGGAGGACUAAAGAGGACCUGGUGAUGGUGUGUGGAGGAGGACAAGACAAGCAGACCAGUAGGAAGACUAAAGACGACCUGGAGAUGGUGAGUGGAGGAGGACAAGACAAGGAGACCAGUAAGGAGGACCUGGAGAUGGUGUGGAGGAGGACAAGGCAAGGACUAAAGAGGACCUGUGGAUGGUGUGUGGAGGAGGACAAGGCAAGACCAGUUGAAGAUCAAAAAAAGACUAGUAAGAAGUACACAGAGAUAUUAACAAAACCAGUGAACAAAACAAAGAGAACAAUGACACUAACAACAAUCUAACAGUCUUAACCAAGCAAAUAUCCCAAACUAGGAGACUUAAGAUUCAAGGAAAGACUUAAAACAGACACAACUUUCUGACUCACCCUGUACCAGAGAUUUAACUUAUGCAUGUGUGUGAUAGAGUCAAGAGAGAGAGAGAGAGAGAAUUAUGUACUUUGUUAUACUUUUAAAAUAUAAGGUUAUUGUAGAUUUCUUAAGCAAGGGAAAGAAAGGGAGGAGUGUUGAAAUAAAAGUAAAUGUGUUA